UACAAAUUGCGCAACUUGCAUGAAACCAUAUAUAACAUAAGCAAGAAUUCUUAUUCCAAUUAAUUAAGGUCAUAUAUCCAUCACCGCAACCGAGCGAGAGAGAGAGAGAGAGAUCACGACAAAGACGAAGACAAUAUAGUCGGAAAUGCUGAUAAAGAUGGGGCCUUGUGGCGGGAGCGGAGGCAGUCAAAGGGACAUGAACAUGACGGGGGUGACGCGUAUAGUGAAGAUAGUGGUCCGCAGCGGACGUACCAUCGACGCCGUUUCGUUCUCAUACGAGCGCAGCGGUGAACUUGAGUGGAGUCCCCAGUUGGGGGGCAGCGGCGGCAGCAUCAAUGAGAUUAAUCUCGCAGCGAAUGAAUAUCUUACUUCUGUUGUGGGACACUAUGGUCACUACAAAAAACAUUUUGUGAUAAGGUCACUUACUUUUAUUAGCAACUUCCAGACUUACGGACCCUACGGUCGUGAAGAAGGAAUCUCGUUCGCUCUUCCUUCGGCAAGGGGUAGAAUUAUCGGUUUCCAUGCAAGAUCUGGUGUAUAUCUUGAUGCGAUUGGCACUUACGUCUGGAUUGACUAGUCGAUCGUCGACAAACACCGUUCUAUGUACCUUUUUACGACUUGUUUUGCUACAAGUAAGAGUGCUUUAAACUUCAUGGUAUGUAGUACUCAAAUGUUUUCUGCUUGCGAUUGCUUCUAUUUAAAAAUAAUUGAUGACCAAAUCAGAACCCUUUUGUGAACACAUGUUCG